UGAACAUGUUUUCCGGAUUAACGAAUCAAGUGACUUCGUGGAUUGGAGCGGCCAAGGGCGAACCGCAGGACGAAGAAGUCCCGACACCCCCGAACUCGGCCGCCACCACUGCAACAGCGACCACUUCCGGUGCUACCGCAGCAACGACUGCAACUGCAGAUGCAACUGGCGCAGCAGCGGGCGGUGACGGUGGUGACAAAAGCCCAACCAAAGGUGGCGUUUUCUCUGGCGUCUCGUCGAAGGUAACCGGUUGGCUUGGUAAUGCCUCCAUCCCGUCGAUGCCAGCCAUUCCGACGGUUUCGAUGCCCGCGAUGCCAGCGAUGCCUUCGAUGCCCUCGAUCCCGGGACUGCGGAAGGCGAACCAGACAGACGAAAACGGUGGCAUCACGAACGAGGGGCUGGUCACGUCGCCCGAGAAGGCUAGUCAAGGUAUUGCCGGCUCGACGGAUGCUGCCGAUGAGGAGGACCGGUCAAGGUAUAUUAGCAGACCGCAGGAAAGUGCCACUGGAGGAGCAGAUUCACGUCCUGCAACCGGCCCCGGAACACCAACUGAAGAAAAUGCUGGACAAAUCGGACAAGUCACACAUAAAGUCACCGCCGGUGCUAAAUCGAUUGGUUCGUUCCUGUACUCUUCGUUCAAUAAAGCUGGUGAUAAGAUCAAACAUCUAAAAGAUAACAGUAUUCUGGGUGAAUUUAGCAAGGAGCAAGAGGCAUUCAUCAAAAAUCAGCAAGGAGGUGGCGGUGCCGGUGCCUGUCCAUGGACCGGGCAUGCUAAUGAGGCAAAGAUCAAGGAGGAAAUUCUCAGUCUUUCAGCUGAUCGCCGAAAUUUCGUUCGAGCACCACCGGCAGGUGUUGAAUUCGAUUUUGACUACGACUCGUCUUACCCAGUCGCAUUGGCCAUCAUGAAUGAUGAUAAGGAACUGGAAAAGAUGCGAUUCGAAUUGGUUCCCAAAAUUAUCACGGAAGAAAGCUUCUGGCGUAACUACUUCUAUCGUGUAUCCUUGAUAUGUCAAGCGGCCGAUUUGGGUACACUGGGCGAUAAUAAUGAGUUCGUUAAACGAGGCGCUAGUGAAGAUACAGAGGAUAGCGAACAAACUUCAUCUGUUGGGUCAAUGCCUAAUCAAAGCGGUGAGGUAAGCUCGCCUGCUUCCAGCCCUGAUGAGCAAGCUGUUCCAGCACCGACGACGCCAGAGAAAACACAAACGACAAAAGAGAACACUAGUCGUAGUGUCAAUGUUUUGCAACCUGCUACCAGUGGUUCCGUCGGUACCAGCAAACACACACACAGUGAGUUCAUUUCUGACAGCUUUCAUACAAACGAACAAGAUCUGGAGGAGGUGAAAGCUGGCAUGAAAAAGCUCGGAAUCGAUAGCCUCGCUCAACAGGCAAAUGAAUCGAUCGGGGUUGAAACAGAGAAAAGUGAGGAGCAAUGGGAGAAGGACCUGGAGGCGGAGUUGCAGGACUACGAGCUGGUGAACGAUGGCAGCAACGAGCGCAACAGCAACUGGGAAAAGGACGUGGACGAGCUGCUGGAGGAUGAAGCGGACCUGAAAUAAAACGAA